GGGAGUGGUAUGUCAAAACUGACGCACACAUCACAUCGUCAUCGAAUUAUUCAGAAUAAUUUUCUUUAUUUUUUUCUUUUGUUUUUUUCGUUAGUUUUUUUCGUUUUCUUCGUUUUCUUUUAUUCGAUUAAAAGCAAAUAAAAUGAACGCGGCGAACAAACGUCGUUAAUUGGAAAAUUAAAGACGGGAAAAACGAAAAGCCAGCAAUCAGAAUUGAAGAAAACGAGAAAUAGAAGAACGAAGCGAAAUGAAUCAUUUUGAUUGAGGAAAACGAAGCCAAAACUAGCGCCCGAUUCAAUUCAAUGUGAUGUGUUUGAUUGUUAUAAUCGAGUAUAUUGCGCUAACUUCGAUCAUUAUUAUCAUGACUUUGUAAUCAAGAAAUAAAAUUAAAUGUGUAAACUCUGAAUAACAAAUAUGGUGUCACAAAUGACCACGACAACGAGGUAAUGCGCCAGAAAUAAAAGGAGAGUGAGUGAAGAUCGGUGUUUUAUUGUUGCCACUUAUUCUUUAAUAACGGUGUCAUAUACGAUAUAUGCAAGUGAUUUCAUAGGUAUAUUUCGUGUGCGCAUACAAAAAGUGAUUGGUGAUCGAAAAUCAAUUAAAGCGACAACAUACACACAUUAAACAUGGAACAUUACGGCGUUGAUUUAAUCGGUUGGCAUUGCAAAAUGUAGCACAUUCACACGUACAUCAUCCCCCGUCCGAAACGACGGAUAAGCUGAAAAAAACGACCGUAUAUCUAUACCGAACGAGAAACACGAGAAAGAGAAAAACGGCAGACAACCAAUUACAACAAAACCGUGUGUGAUAUCUGCUUUCUCUCUUCAGAGAAAAAAAAAACACAAAACGAGGCAAUAAUAAAUCGAAAAGAAUACGCCUAACACUGACAAAAGAAAGAAGCAAGAUGACACUGUAUUUACAUACAAAGAAACACCAAUUAAACAGUGGCCCUUUUACUGGCAAAAAAGACACAAAGCGAUUUUCGAAAGAAAGCAUUUCACUCAUUGAUAAUUAGUGAAAAGCAUUUAAACAUAUACUCGACUCAAACACACGGAGGGGGGCACACAGUGUCGCUCAAACCGAUUGUACGAACUGAAAGAGAGCGAACAAAGAAAGAGUGAUAUAUAGAGUGUAGUACGGUGUAUGUCCUGCAUAUUUGAUAUUAUGUUUGCAUUCAGAAUGGUGGAAAGAUAACGUGUUCAGGCCGUGUUCUGUAGAAGCGCGCGCUCUCUUGCUCGUCUAUUCGAGAGAAAAAGCGAGAGAUUACAUACACAUAAACACUGUUUUAUUGUACAAGUUAUUAAUAAAGACUUCACACAGAACCUAUUUUUCUAAAAAUAAACAAAACUAUAUUUAAAACAUAACAAGACAAAGCAAAACAAAAAGUUAUGGCUAAAGAUUUAAAAAUAAUGUCAAAUGACAAAAAAAGCAAAAAUGAAAACAAAGCAAAGAAAAAAAACAAAAACACAACAAUAUAAACACAAACAACGAAAGCAAUACUACCCAUCCUGUGCAAUUCUUUUCGUAAUCCAAUUCAAAUUUAUCUAAGACUUUUAUAAUACUCAAUAUAAAAUAACCCAACUAAUAAAGUUCAUUCGAAUGAAGAGGCGAAGCGAAGCAAAACAAGAGUAGAAUAUAGAUAUUUUCCCCAAAAAAAAGGAGAAAAAAAUUAUGUGGAAGCAAAAUUACUUUCAAGUGAUAUUAUCAAUUUUAAUGGAAGUUUCAUACCGAUGCGAACCGAACAAAAACACUACAAAAGGAACUAUUGCUUGUUAAUCUUCUUUAUCUUUUGUUGACGUUCAAAAAGAGGAAAAAAAAAAGAAAACUAUACGGGAGAGAGAGAGGGAGCGAAUGCAGCAACAAUAAUAAUAUACAUAUGUAUAGACAGAGGGAUGCAGAAAGAGAGGGAGAAAAAAAACUCUAAAAGUGAUUUCGAUGAGGCACUUAACGUCAGUAAGGAUUUGCAUUGGCAGACAAAAUGAGAUGAAAUAAGUCGUGCAGAAAAUAAGUGGCGAAACCAUAACAAAGGACAUCAGCGAACAAUAAAUUAUCAGAGGAAAAAGAUACAGAGAAAGAAAUCGAAAAGAAAAACUUAACAUAAUUAAUUACGUGCAGGAGAGGAACAGAGAGCGCGAGAGAGAAAAAGAGAGAGGCAACGACGAGCCGAAAAAGAGAGAGAGCAAGCAGAAAAAAAACAACAGAAAAAAACAUGCCUCGUUGUUUUACAAUAAGAAAAGACAGAAAACACAGUGCUCAGCACAAUUCGAUGCAGCCGCAGAGCAGAAAAAUCGCUGGCAGCUCCUGCGAUGAAAAAAGCAGCAAACAUUGUGAUGGCAAAAAACCACACAGAAAAGUAGCUGUUAUACAGAGAGCAUCAACGCAAAUAACCAGCAAAAAAUCACAACAACAACAACAACCGAAAGGCAAAAACAGCAUCGUCGAUGGACGCAUUCUUCGUGAACCAUCCGAUAAUAAUGAUUCAAUUUCGAAUCGAAGCAACAGAUCCAAUGGUGUGGUGAGUGGUGAAUGGAAAUCAACCAUAAUGCAGCGAAAAAAGCUCAUGAACUCAACUAAUGCAGCUGUUCAACAGCAAACAAAAGCUACAGCUCCGACCAGUCCGACUGAAGCCACCAUUGCUCCAAUUUACUACAACGGCAAUACAAAUGAUUCAAGAAAUGAAGGUGUAAUCAUUUCUUCGAAAACAAAUGAAUUCGAGCGGCUGUCAUAUGCGACGAGGGAAAAUUACCAACCCUCAAAUUAUUCGGAAAAAUCAAGUGAAUUUGUUCGAUCCGAUGCAGUGGUCACUAAUCCCAUGUCAAUUAAUAUUAAACGCGAUUUGUCGGUAAUCGCCAGUGAACCGGUGCAUCAAACGAACAAUUCCAUUGUUACAUCCCAUCAAAUGUCAUCCGCAACGGUUUACAAACCCGUUCAAAGUGUUAUUCAGUCGACCAAUUCGAAUGACAACAUUUCAUCGCUGGUUGGAUCCAUGCCAUCGUUCCCUCCAAUUUCCCGAUCAAAUUCAAACGGUGCGGGCGAGUAUCACAAGGAUUCCACGUCGUCAAUACAGUCGAAUCAAUACUUUGUACUACGAUCAUCGGCCGAUAGUAGUUCCAUCAACAGCCAACCGUCUGUUUAUCGUGAGCGUAGCAUCGAAGAAACCGAAGCAGCCCAUGAUCUAUUAUCACUGUCACAAAGCUUACCGCCACUUCCAGCGCCAUGUGUCGUCACCAUUUUACAUCCAGUUACAAAUUACAAUGUCAAUUCACCCGAUGUCCAAGAAAUCACACCAAGUCGACCAACAAAAGAGUAUAUUACGUAUACGAGUGGCCGAUCCGAUAUUCAUGCGAGAAAUAAGAAGAACGUUAGUACACAGUUCGAUGCAGAAGAUAUGCUUCCUGAUGAUAGCUCCAGCUCCGAUAUAAAUCCGCAAAUAACGCCAUUGACACCACCAACAUCCGAAUCGUCUUCGUCCGAUGUUGAAUUUAUAUCGGAAGCGGUAACAAGAGGAUCUUCGGAAACGUCAUCAUCCUCAUCAUUGUUAUCAUCAGCAUCGUCGUCUCCGCAGCGAACGAACGGUCAAAGUGCAAAUCAAAAAACUCAAAAGUCAAAAUCCGCCCAAGUAUUUGGUAUGACAAUUUUCGAUGCCGUCAUGAUAAAUGAUGGCCGAUCGAAAAAGGGAAACGGUGAUGCUGAGGUCAUUCACAUUGAGGAACGUCGUACGAAGGGCCGUUACAAAUGUCCACUCUGCGGAAAGCAAUAUGCAACAUCAAGUAACUUAAGUCGACAUAAGCAAACGCAUCGUAGUUUGGAUUCACAGUCAGCCAAAAAGUGCAAUACUUGCGGAAAAGCCUAUGUCUCGAUGCCGGCCCUAGCAAUGCAUUUGCUAACACAUAAACUCACCCACAGUUGUGAUGUGUGCGGUAAAUUAUUUUCACGACCAUGGCUGCUGCAAGGCCAUUUACGCUCACACACUGGCGAAAAACCAUACGGUUGUGCUCACUGUGGCAAAGCAUUUGCUGAUCGUUCAAAUUUGCGUGCCCAUAUGCAAACGCAUUCAGUAAAUAAGCAAUUUGAGUGCACAAAGUGUCGAAAAACGUUUGCACUCAAAUCGUAUCUAAACAAACACUUGGAGUCAUCAUGUUUGCGGGAAGAAUUUAAAAAGUCAUACGAUAACAAAAAGAAAGGUGAUUCGAUGGACAACACCACCGACAUUUCGAUGGAUGACGAUAUGAUUGAUGUGACCCAGUGUUCACCGACAGCAGCCAAAUCAGUCGAUGAUUGCGACGAAGACGAUGAUGACGAAGAUAUUAUCGUAACAUAAAUCAUACGUGCGAAAUUCAAAACUUUUCUCUUUCUUUUCAAAAGAGUAAAAACACAAAAAUCAAGCAAUUCGUGGCAAAUAGAUCCCGACUCAAUAAGACUACUUUUAUAUAGAAUUAUACAGACAUUUACCAAGUUUGAAGACUUCUUAUAAGUAAACCGAAGACGAAGAAAAAGAAGAAAUGAAAAUCAUUAACCGCAGAGAGAAACAUGUGUAAAUUCAAUCAACAUAAGGCAAAAUUUUCAAAGGCAACAACCGAAUAUUUUUUUUAAAACAAUUGGUGCAAUUAUUAGAAAUGACAACAAAAACAAAUUGUAAAAUUAGAAAGCAAACGUUUUUUCAAUUGGCUCGUGUUUAUUGGAGUUUUCGUGUUUUUUGAUAUUAAUAGAAAAGAAAUACUUUUACACGCCCUGUGCGCUAUCCUCUUCCCUCUUGGUAAGAGAGACGAAAAUAUGUUGCAGAAAUUUCAUUUUUGAUAACAUAACAAAAUAUUAAAAAAGAAAAA